AUCAUCAGCAAGCACCAUCCCCUCACAAGCCCUCAUCUGCACUGCAACUGCAACUGCGACAGUCAUUCUCGUGACCAUACGAGAGGCCCCACAAAUAUCCCAAACCCUCAAGGUCCCAACGUGACACCGCUCUCUUUGUGCCGUGCGUGCAGCCCAAGUUAUCUCGACCGAAAAUCCGAGUUUUCAGGAGAACCCUGCCGUCUGUACACGCGGCCCGCCCCCUCUCUCUCUCCUCUCUUCACCCCCUCUUCUCGCAUCUUGUAUCCUCGGUACUGGACACCCUGCAAGCCUGGUCUGGUCUGCCUCAUCAAAAGACAACACACAACAUAGUCAUCGUCAUCUUCAUCAUAACAGACACCAUCCUCCUCUUCUGGGACAUCAACAUCCUCAUCAUCCAUCAUCCGGACCAUACCAUCAGGCACAGUCACCAUCGCCACCUUGCACAACCUUCCAACCAAUCACACCAUCGCCUCAAGAUAUCGUCAGCUGUCGUCGUGUCGUGUCGUACAUCGUAUCGUUUGUUCAUCCGUAAUAUCACAUCUUCGCAAUGGCUGUCGGUCUUUCGUUCCAAUACUCGGCGGGUCAGCAGGCCUCCUUCGAAGGUCGUCCACAACUCAAGAUGGACCAGUUCGAGGACCUCGUUGUCGCCCUGAAGGAUGCACUCGGGCCCUCCUCAGGUCUCGACUCCAGCGAUGUGGAUGUCAACGCCCUGAUGAGACACAUGAGGAUAUACGAUGCCAAGGAGAAGGGCUGGGUGCCAUAUGCCCUGGCCGACCCAGAGCUGGCGUACACCAGGAACCUUGUUGACGAGGGAAACGGAAAGAGCAACUUGCUUGUACUCGUAUGGACUCCUGGCAAGGGCAGUCCCAUCCAUGACCACGGCAACGCCCACUGCAUCAUGAAGAUCCUCCACGGCAGCCUGACCGAGUCGAGAUACGAGUUCCCCAACUCUGACCGCCAGCAGCCCAUGGAACUUAUCUCCCAACGUACACACAAUGAGAAUGCCGUAGCCUACAUGGCCGACGAGCUUGGCCUGCACAAGAUGGAGAACAGAGGUGACGACUACGCCAUCUCCCUACACUUGUAUACUCCCCCGAAUGUGGCCAAGUCAGGCUGUCACACUUUCAACCCCAUCACUGGUGAGCGGAGUUAUGUUCCCAAGUGCGGGUACUACUCCAAGUUCACGCAGAAGCUUUAG